AUGAUUUUGAUCCUGCUUUUGAGUAUUGUCAUAGUACUCUUGGGCUUUGGCGUGCAAGGCGAUCCCACUGAGGUUCAAUCGUACUCUGCCCCUGAUGCCAUUCGAGUGGAUCGUGUACUUGAGCAAGGCCAACGGUUCCGACAUGAGCUACUAGAAGAAAAGAAACAGCUUUACGACAGCAUUGAAGCGUUUGGAAGUGACAAUGACGACGUUCUUUACCGGCUUGCCAAUGUGAAGCUCGAUGACUUUACAGCGUUUGAACGAUUGGUGUUUGGCAUGUUUGAUAUCUACGAUCAGACGGUUCAUCAGCGUCGACAGCAGCAAAGCUACGACUUUCGUACACCUGCACUUAAGCUCACAUUUGAUUUCCAGCUUGCUAUUCGUCAGUCGCAUUUGCAUCUUCGCUCACAUUCCAUUAAUGAACUGGCUCAGCUCACUGAACAAGCACACCAGCAACUAGAGGAAGAAGAGGAACAGGAGGAGGUUCCACCUACAACACAUCAUCAAGGAUACAGUCCACAUCAUGUACAUGUUGAAGAUGAUACACCGGAUUCACGUGAAGCGAUUCAAGCCAUGUUACAAUCCAUGUUGGAUGAAGUACGGCAAAGCGCUGAUCAAUUAGAACAAGGCAUGCACGGACACAACAUUGCCUUUUCGGGUGGCACCUUUGAAACCGUCAUGAAGGUCAACAAUGAUGACGAUGCGGCAGCAGAUGAUGCAGGAGAUGAUAACAAUGCCAUCCUCAUUGAUCAAGAUCGAAAUGAAUACAUCAUGACACGGCCUUCCGAUACCACCGUUAUUUAUGAAGAUAUACAAUUGCUACACGACUUUAUAUUGAUUGUUGUAUGCUCCUAUGUAUUUGGAUGCCUAUUUGCCAUGAUACGGUUGCCAGCAUUCUUUGGAUAUAUCCUAGCAGGCAUUGUUACUGGACCCGCAGGCUAUAACAUGAUCACCGAACUUAUCCAAACCGAAACACUUGCCCAAUUGGGUGUCGUUUUUAUUGUCUUUGUGCUUGGAUUGGAAUUCUCGCUUGAAAAGCUCAGGGCCAUGUGGCGAUUGGUAUUGGGUGGUGCCACGAUGAUCUUAUUGGCCACCGUACUUGCGUUUGUGGUCAUGGGCACGUUACUCGGUGCAUCCUUGAAGGAAGCUGUCUUUGUGGGUGCCUGUGUCAGCUUGAGUUCUACCGCCGUGGUUGUAAAGUGUAUCAAGUUGGAUCAUUUGGAGCACUUGUAUGGAUUAUUGGUGAUGCAAGAUGUUUUAUUAGGAUUCAUGCUGGCCAUCAUUCCAGCAUUGGCUGAAUCAGGUGCUCAAGUCAUGGUGGCGAUCCUCAAAAUCACCAUAUCAUUUUCUGUGUUUGGUGUCUUGUGCUAUGGCAUCAUCAAAUUGACACCUUCCUUCCUACCACGUGUGAUCCGUAUGGUGCUUCCCAAUAUGAAAUCCACAGGCAGCCAUGAAUUGACGGUGCUGGGCACCAUUGCAGUGUGCUUGGUGAUGUUGGUGAUAUCCGAUCGACUUGGCCUAGGCAUGGAAAUUGGAUGUUUUGCUGCUGGUGUUCUCUUACGAUCACGUAAAGCCCUGUUUGAACCUGCCUUAGCAGCCAUUGAACCUGUACGCGACUUAUUUGCAUGCCUCUUUUUCGCCUCCAUUGGGUUACACGUGUAUCCAUCGUUCCUGGCAUCUCAAGCGAUGCUCUUGUUGGUGCUUGCUGCAGGUGUCAUUGGUUUCAAAUACGUGGCAACAUUUGGCAUUUUGGUGUCACUCAAAAUUGACACCCGCAAAUCAUCCGCUAUGGCUGUGGCACUUGCUCAAAUAUCCGAAUUUGCUUUUGUACUUGCAUCGCGUGCCAAAUUGCUGGAUAUUAUAUCACGUGAAGUCUACUAUUUGCUCUUGGCCGUUACCUCGCUUACCUUGUUGGCUACACCGUUGCUAUGGAAACUUGUAGAGCGAUCUUCAUUUUUUCACACCACAUCCUCCUCCUCCUCUUCUAUAUUACGAUCCCAUCAUCAUCAUCAUCAUCAACAUCAUCACCACAAUCAUCAUGAAGAGCAUCCUUCUGUUAUCUCCGUUUCAAUGGAUGAUGCGGAUAAAGUGUCUUAG